CAGAUAACAAAUCAGCAAGAUGAGUGCUUUAGUUUGUCUUGUACUUAUCGCUCUGGUAUACGGCACAGAAGGAGCUCCUUAUAUCAUCGGCGGUAAGAAUGCUAAAAUAGGCGAAUUUCCGUAUCAAGUGUCAUUGAAAUAUAAUGGCAGCCACAGAUGUGGUGGAUCUAUUAUUGAUAAGUACAACAUAUUAACCGCAGCAAAUUGUGUUAAUGAUUUAGAAAAUUCGGUGGAUAAUCUAAAAGUUCAUGCUGGCACAAACUGGUUGGAUUUACGAGGAGCAGUUUAUGAUGUAGAAAGUGUAAGCGUCAACUCUAAAUACGACGAUCAUUUACUCAUUAAUGACGUCGCUUUGGUUCACCUUAAACAUUCUAUCAUGUACAGUACACUAGUGAAACCGAUAAAACUUACGACAUCCAAUAAAGGAUUCGAGGGCAAGCCGUGCACAUUAACCGGAUGGGGAACUACUUCGGUUGAUGGAAGUAAUUCGAAUAAUUUACAAAAAAUUGAGUUAAUAGUUUACCCACAGAAAGCUUGCAAGAGACUUGAAUCGAAAGUGAGAAAUAGCCAUAUCUGUACUUUGACUAAAGAAGGAGAAGGAGCAUGCUACGGAGAUUCUGGUGGGCCAUUGGUGGCCAAUGGAGCUCAAAUUGGAAUCCUUUCCUUUGGUACUCCCUGCGCGUUUGGAUACCCAGACGUUUACACAAGAGUUUCCAGUUUCGUAACAUGGAUCAAUGAACAUUUGAAGAAAUAAAAAACAUUAUUUAAUUUAU